UGACGAGAUCUCUAUACUUGGCAAGUCACAUCAAUGUGAUUGUUACCGAGACUCAAGAUGAUGGUGACCUCCUUCGUAAAUCACAGUACACGGAUGAAACCCCCAGCCACCUCCACCAGGGGCAACGGUCGAUCCGCCCUGACGGCAAGUGCCGAGUUCAGCUCUCCACCUUUUUUAUUUAGUGAUCCCCGUCCCCUUACUUCCCCAGACAUUCCCAUCUCCGCUUCCCUCUCCGAUUGCUUCCUCUCCAGCUAGCCUUUCGGGGCCCAUCUUCCUUCCCACGUCCACCCAUCAUGUUCGCGCAGUCCCUCAAGCGCCCUCGCGACGAGGAUCUGGAGUUUCUCAACGCCAAUGAGUCUAAGAGACUCUGCCCGCCAUGGCUCUCCGGGCCCGAGUUGCGCCCCGAAUCCGCAACCGACAGCGACCAGUCGCGGCGCUUUCAAGCACCCACUUUGACCCCCAUCGACUCCUCGGAUGAUGAAGGGAACUUUGAGAUACAAGGUGCACUCGGCCUAGGCGCUGGUCGUUUGGGCAAGCCCAAGCUGGCGCAUGGACAACGGCCUCCCAUGCUGCACCUCGGCGCCGACGUGACCACAGCAGAGCAUCUGCGAUCCGUUCUGGCCAGCGGUGACAAUCUAUCUCCAUGGCUGACAGGCUCACAACUGGGCAGUGUCCAGUCCUCGCCAAUCCCACAUCAACUAGUGAACCAGUCCCUAACCAUCAACGGCGUACCGACUACCACGCCCACCCAUGGCUACUUCCCAGCCGUGGCAUCGCCCAUCGCACCCUCAGCCCAGCAGGAUCUACCCAUGACGGGGGAUACGACAUUCAAUGCCGUGGCCCUUCCGCCUGCCAUCCGCCUACCCAGUCCGAUCAGCGACAACGGCGACGCAGUCAUGGCUACACAAACCGGUGACGCAGACGCGGACGCCGAAAUGAGCGACUACUCGGUGCCCAGCUUCACCCAGACAGCGUCGCCCACACCCUCAGCCGACUAUUCAGCCGUGUAUCAACAGACACCGCCCGUCAUGGCUAAUAGUCAUCAUACCUCUGCAUGUACCGCAGCCCCGCGCCGACGAUCUCCCCUCGUCAUGGGCUAUCGUGCAGACUGCAAUAAGUGUCAAUGCAAGGUACCCGGGCACUAUAGUCAUAUUCGACGCGCUUAAUACGUGACUCGGAAUUUCGAGUCAGCAAGAUAUGUUGAGGGCUGCUCCUCGAUCUCCUGCUUCAUAUUCCGCUCCUGCAAUCGUGUACAACAUCUUUUUUUUCGCUUGCAUACUCAUGCCUCUCGGCCUUGAGUGAGGCAUAUGAUUCUGCGAGUGUGGCGUUUUUUUUUUCCUCUUCCUCGGGUGAUGGAGGUUGGUGGCUUGCAAUGCAUGGAGUUUGGGUUGCUUUUUCUCUUCUGGUCGGUUUGUUACUGGGGCUGGUUAGGGUUAGGUAGGAGAUGAGCAAUGGCAGGUCCACACCCAGGGACCCCCUUCAUAUCAAGUUCAAUCAUGUAUAGUCGGUAUUACACGAUUCGAGAAUGGAUGAUAUGGUCACAAUUAAUUAUGAUUCAAGUCUAGUCGAGGAAAUAAUUAU